UACUGUGAAUGGAAAUUUACAAAAUUUUAAAUUAAAAAAGAAAGAAUUGCUCCGUUUUUAUGUUCUCCAGCCACCGCCAUUUGAAACGACGCACACCGGACCAGGGUAUAGAUCGAAGGGAGUAUAUUGGUCACUUGGUUGAUGAAUACUACACGACCACCAACGUCGAGGCCCUCGAGCAGGUCACUGCGAAUUUGGCCAAUUUUGCCUACGAUCCGAUCAACUGGCCGCAUCUGCAUGAAGCAGAGGCCUUCGAUGUGUUUAUAGCAUCGUUAAAAGUACAAAAUCAAAAUCUUCAACUGCACGGAAUUGCGGCUAUCUGUAACAUCUGCUUGGAUAAAGCUGCAGCCGAAUUGAUUAGGGAACACUUGAGCAUCAUCAGCGGUUUGUUUGUACGCACAGAUCACCCGGAAAUAGUGCUCCAUAGUCUGGCGCUCUUCUAUCAGCUCCUUAACGCUGGUCAAGUAGACAAGGAGCUCCUGCUGACACCCCCACUGCUCAAAGGGGUACAAGAGUGGCGGCAAAAGUCCCACGACCAACGAAUUGUGAAGCUCUCCAGUCUGCAGCAGGUCCAAGUGGUUAAACGGUUCACGCAGAAUGAUCUGGAGCAGUUUGCCCAGUUUACGGGGGACCACAACUACAUACACACCUUGGACUUGCCCGUAGAGGAGCGACGAGUGCACGGAGCCCUGCUCAAUGCCGUUGUGGCAGGCAUUAUGGGAACGAAGCUUCCUGGACCGGGCACUGUGGUGUUGGAACAGAGCUUCAAGUUCCUAAAACCCUGUCGCAUAGAAACCGACACAGUGGUGACUGUGCGCCUGCUGCAAUCGCGUAAAAUCUCAACCGCGGAAUACGAUUGUCGGCAAAACGAUGAAAUUGUCUUUGCGGGCAAUGCCAAAUUGUUGACCCGUAAUCACAUAGAUUAAGGUUUGAUUUUGAUUAAUAAAAAGGUUGUUUUGUGUA